GUCCCACCCCCCGCUCCAUUGGCCACAUUCGUCCUGCCCCUGGGGGCGAGUCUACGCAGCGGCAGCGCCGACAGGAGUUAAAGUGAAGCGCUGAGGGGUAGAGCGGACUCACUCACUCACACACACAGCGGCGACUCCUGCACACAGGCUAAAUGGCUCAAAAAGCUCAAAUGGCUCAAUCAAAAGGCACCGUGGUUCUUGCCUACAGCGGUGGUUUGGACACCUCGUGUAUUCUGGUCUGGUUGAGGGAACAAGGAUAUGAAGUUAUUGCUUAUCUGGCUGACGUGGGGCAGGAUGAAGACUUUGAAGCCGCUCAAAAGAAGGCAACAUCUUUGGGAGCUAAGAAGGUUUUCAUUGAAGAUCUGCGGAAGGAGUUUGUGGAAGAUUUCAUCUGGCCGUGGGUUCAGUCGAGCGCUGUGUACGAGGAUAGGUACCUCCUUGGGACAUCGCUGGCCAGACCCUGCAUUGCCAAGGGUCAGGUCAAGGUUGCCAAGCAGGAGAAGGCUCAGUUUGUGUCCCACGGCGCUACAGGAAAGGGAAAUGACCAGGUCCGAUUUGAACUGACUUGCUAUGCCCUUUAUCCUGAAGUUAAGAUCAUCUCUCCCUGGAGGCUACCAGAGUUUUAUAAUCGUUUCCUGGGACGCAAAGAAUUGGCGGCCUAUGCAAAGGACCAUGGCAUCCCUGUGCCUGUUACUCCCAAAGACCCUUGGAGUAUGGAUGCCAACAUCAUGCACAUCAGCUACGAGUCUGGGAUCUUGGAAAACCCCUGGAACCAUGCACCAGAUGGUAUGCAGACGAUGACCAUCGACCCAGUGAAGUCUACAAACACCCCUGACAAACUGGAGAUUGAAUUCAAACACGGUGUUCCGAUCAAGGUCACCAACCUUGGUGAUAAAACCACUUGCAGCUCAACCCUUGAACUGUUCCAAUACGUCAACAAAAUUGGGAGUAAGCAUGGGGUUGGACGCAUAGACAUCGUAGAGAAUCGUUUCAUUGGCAUGAAAUCACGCGGUGUCUAUGAGACCCCAGGUGGGACAAUUCUGUAUCAUGCUCAUUUGGACAUCGAAACCUUCACAAUGGACAAGGAAGUGAGGAAAAUCAAGAGGGAUCUGGCGGUGAGGUUUUCUGAGCAGCUGUACAAUGGAUUUUGGAACAGCCCCGAAUGUGCUUUUGUCCGCCACUGUAUCAAUAAAUCGCAGGAGAGCGUUGAAGGGAAAGUUCAGAUCUCUGUCUUCAAGGGACAAGUUUACAUCCUCGGACGAGAAUCACCUACUUCUCUGUACAACGAAGCUCUUGUCAGCAUGAAUGUGCAAGGAGAUUAUGACCCAAUCGAUGCCGGUGGAUUUAUUAAGAUUUGCUCCUUGAGACUGAAAGAAUACCAUCGACUGCAAAGCUCAAAAUCCACAUGAGUGAAUUCUGGCAUUGACUUUCCACAAUGCAUUUUAUUCUAAAACCUUUUUGGUGAAAAGCAAGUUCCAUGUAUGUUGCUUGUUUCAAUACAAAUAAAGUGACUAAUCUUUAA